AUGAUCGAUCUUCUCCUCCUCCAGCCCGACAAGGGCGGAAACCCUCAGCUCGUCAAGGACUCGCAAAAGAAGCGCAACGCUUCCGAGGAGCUCGUCGACGAGGUGCUCGCUCUCUACAAGAACUGGGUCACGCUCCAGAAGGACCUCGAUGUGGCGCGCCGCGACGUCAACGCCGUCCAGGCAGAGAUCACCAAGCUGCGCAAGGCCAAGGAGAACGCAGACGAGCAGAUGGCCAAGAAGAAGGAGCUCGACGCCAAGGUCAACCAGCUCAAGCCCAGCGUGGUGCAGGCCGAGAACGAGAUGAAGUCCAAGGCGAUGCAGAUCGGCAACAUCGUGGGCGACAAGGUGCCCAUCUCCAACACCGAGGACGACAACGCCGAGAUCCGCAAGUGGCAUCCGGACGGCCCCAAUGCCCAGGUCGAGAAGAAGGAGGGCAUCCUCAGCCACCACGAGGUCAUGUACCGUCUCGAGCUCUUUGACACCGAGCGCGGCACCAAGAUCUCCGGCCACCGCGGCUUCUUCCUCACCGGCGACGGCGUCGACCUCAACCAGGCGCUCAUCAACUACGGCCUCGACUUCCUCCGCAAGAAGAGCUACAAGAAGAUCAUGACGCCCUUCAUGAUGCGCAAGGAGGUCAUGGCCAAGACCGCGCAGCUCGACCAGUUUGACGAGGAGCUCUACAAGGUAACCGGCGACGAGGACGACAAGUACCUCAUCGCCACCUCCGAGCAGCCCAUCUCGGCGCUCCACUCGGACGAGGUCUUCACCGAGCCCGCCAAGCAGCUGCCCAUCCGCUACGCCGGCUACUCCACCUGCUUCCGCAAGGAGGCCGGCUCGCACGGCAAGGAUACCUGGGGCAUCUUCCGCGUGCACCAGUUCGAGAAGGUGGAGCAGUUCUGCAUCACCGACCCGGCCUCGUCGUGGGAGAUGCUCGAGCAGAUGCUCGCCAACUCGGAAGAGUUCUACCAGUCGCUCCAGCUGCCCUACCACGUGGUGGCCAUCGUGUCGGGCGCGCUCAACAACGCCGCUGCGGCCAAGUACGACCUCGAGGCGUGGUUCCCCUUCCAGGGCGAGUACAAGGAGCUCGUCUCGUGCUCCAACUGCACCGACUACCAGUCGCGACGCCUCGACGUGCGCUGCGGCUUCAAGAAGCCCGGCGACACCAAGCCGACGUUUGUGCACAUGCUCAACGGCACGCUCUGCGCCACCGAGCGCGCCCUCUGCUGCGUUGUCGAAAACUGGCAGACACCAGACGGCCUCAAGAUCCCCCCGCCCCUUCAGCCCUACAUGGGCGGACGCGACUUCCUCCCCUACCUCCGCGAGCUGCCCAAGAACACCACCAGCCAGAAGAAGAAGUGA